AUGAGGUUGACAAAGGAGAUUGAAGAAAUGAAGAAGAAUGAGGAUAAUCUUUCUCAAUCCCUGAAAGAUAGAUCUGAUGAAUGUUGUAGACUUAAUUGUGAGAAUGAUCAACUGAAGCUUGAACUGCAACAAUCCAAAAACAAUGAGGAAGAGCUUGAAAGACAUAUUAUCACUCUUAUGGAUGAACUUGUGACUGCGAAUGAAUACAAGGAGAAGUUCAAAAUUAGCUUAGCUAAGCUUGAUGAGAAUCUUGAAAGCCAGAAGGAUGAAGAUGAUAAAAGAGGUCUUGUAUUUAAGAAAGGAAAGAAAGAUGUAGAUAAAGAUAAGCAUCAAGAUAAGUUGAAUAAGGUUGAAGAGGAUGCAGAGAAGUUAGCAGAGAUUAAGGUAUGGAAUGAGUUUGAUGCUAAGAGAUUUGGUGAGUUGCAAAAGAUGAUUGCUAAUGAUAGAAGCUUGUUAGACACAUAUGUGAAAGGUAUCCAAGAUGCCUUAUCUAAAGGUGGAAAUGUCUACAAGUCUUGUUUAUCAUUUCCUAAGUUUGUUGCAGAUAUUGAGAAACACAUUAUGGCAAAUGAGAAGCUACUGACAAUUAUAUCUCAGUCAUUUGAUCCUUUGAAAAAAUAUGAUCGUGAAGGAUACAUUCAAUCUUGCAAGAAGAGCCAAAACUUGGGAGGUUAUCUGCAUGUCAGUAUUGAGGUUGAAGAUAUCUUCAGGAACAUGGAGGAUGCAGAUGCCAAAGAGGUAAUUGAUCAACUAAAUAAUGAACUGGCAGAAAAGAGACGAAGACUCGAGGAAAUUGAAACCGAGGAGGAGGAGGUAGAAAGUGAAUCUGAUGAGAAUGCAGUUAUCUCUAGAUGGCGAGUGCCAGAGAAGGAAUAA